AUUUGUUUGUUUGAUAUGCAUAUUUUGCAAACAUACAGCAUGGUCUUAGCUACAGCAAGCUUGACGGGGUUACUGUAUGUGCAUUUUGUUCUGGUGCAGGCCUCAGACUUUACUAGCUUCUCUUGUCUUGUCUCAGAAAAUACAGUCCAAGCUGUUUUAUCCUGCCCCAAAAAUGAGAAGGAAUUCAAAGAAGCAGCAUUGAAAAAAAACUGCACAGCAUUUUCUGGACAAUGUAGAGACCCUGAAAACCUUGUGUAUCAUUGUGUGAUUGGUCCAAAUCACAAAGGAGUCUUUGAAGUCUGUGCCUAUUGGAAGAUAAUUCACUGGGGAUAUUGUGCAGAAUAUAGCAAGAGUGGAAAUCUUAUUCAACAAAGUGAAGAUACAAAUUGUUCACUUCAAAAGCACAAUCCAUGCCCAAUGAGCUACAACUCAACUGAGGCAUACAAGUACCAAUCUUGUUACGAAUUAGCUAGAAGCUCAACAGUAGGCAACCAAUUACCUAAAGGUACCACCACAUGUUCAUCAGUCAAGAAUAAAUCAUUUUGGAGCUCAAAGCAACGAUCAGGAAACAACCAAGUUUUAGCUAUAUGUAUUGUAUUUACCACCAUCUUGAGGAUGUUCUACUUAUAAUUUUACCAAGCAUUUAUACCUCAAGAAAUGUGUUCAACGAUGUGUUCAAUGAAGUAUUGAUAGUUGUUUAUACGGACAAAAUACCUUUAGACGAAGUGUUCAAUCUAUUUAUUUCGCC